GGCCGCCGUGCGCUUCAUUUUACCUGUUUGCGUUGAACAAAAUAAUUUGUGUGGUUACUUCGGUUAAAAUGGGUGGCCAGGUAUCUCAGCUUAAAGAAAAGGAACUAGAAGAGAAAUAUGGUGUAAUUGCAUCGAUUGAUUUUGGAACAAAGUAUAUGGGAUAUGCAUACAUGUUUACAAAACAGGAGUUUGGUUCAGAAGUUUACAAACCCCAGCAAUUGGAAAUGAAAAAAGAGCAUACAUGUAUUAUGCUGAAAAAAUAUUCAAAUGGGAAUUUCAAAUUAGUUUCCUUUGGAAAUGAAGCCAUGGACGAAUUUGUUAAUCUGGAAAGCCAAGAAAACGACGAUUUCUACUUCUUCAGAUUAUUUAAAACUGAUAUUGUUGCAAAAGAUAAAACACUGUUUGUUAAAGAUUACAAAAAGAGAGAGGUUGAUGCUCACAUUGUGUUUUCCAAGGUGUAUGAAUUUGUUCAAUCUAAAACACUUGAACAUUUGAAAAAUUCAGUGAAUGGUGCAGAGCGUAUACAAGGUGAUGAUAUAUUGUGGGUUAUCGCCAUACCUGCUACAUGGGGUCAUCAGUACAGAGAUUUUAUUCGAAAGGCUGCUGAGGAGUCAUAUCCUAACAUGGUGAUAGUGCUAGAGUCUGAGGCCGCGUCUAUGUAUAUCAGAAACAAACCUGUCAGUUUGAAGCAGGAGAAGAUAGAACCUUUUAAGGAUGGGCAAUGCUAUAUGUUGGUUGACAUGGGAGCCGGUACCAGCGAUAUCUGCACACACGAGGUUCUUAAAGGUGGGAAUUUAAUUGAAAUUUGCAGCUCUGCAGGAAUAUACGAAGGUGGUGAACGGAUUAACAAUGACUUUUUCAACAAGUUAAAUGAACUGUUUACCAAGGAAGUUGUGGAUACAUUCAGACUUGACGCCAUACGAUUUUACAAGCUCGAAAACGAAUUUGAAGGUAUUAAACACAAAUUCAAAUUCGACACUGACAAAGACUUUGUUCUCCUGUUGGAUGAAACACUUUUAACACUGUUUACAAAAACCACGCACAGAAAGUUUGAUAUACCUUCAAAAUAUAGCGAUGAAUUGGAGUUCAAAAACGGUGACCGCUUAUACAUGAAACCAAAGUUUAUGGCUUCCUUAUUUGAUCCAACUAUCAGUACCAUUACGUCAAAGAUACAGGAACAGAUAUGUGAAGUCAAACUUGUUCGAUAUAACAUUUGUUGUAUUAUUCUCUCUGGUGGUUUAUCCGAAUCAGAUUAUGUUUUCAAAAGCAUUUCGAAAACAUUCAGAAAAGAAACCAGCGAUAAAAUACCCGUUAUAUUGUCGCCAAAUGCACGGAACGCAGUGGUCGAGGGCGCGUUACAAAUGGGUCUGAAUCGAAAGGUUAUUGUUGGACGGCGUUCGCCUUACACGUAUGGAUUCUACUCAAUCAUUCCAUUUGAACAGGGCAAACAUCCAGAACAUCUUAAAGGUACCCACGACGGCAUCCCGCAGUGCAAGGGUGUGUUUCACAAACUUAUCGAGAAAGGGAAAAUAGUCCGUCUAGGAGAGUCGUUCGAUCGAACGUCGACAACGUAUUACAAGAAGGACAAACAUGUUAAACGAUGCAUGUCACUUUGGAGGUCUUUUAAAACAUCACCAGAAUACUGUACAACGGAAGAACAGUGCGAAAUUGUUGCACAAAUCGAUAUACCAACUCCUACAAAUGGUUGGCCCGAUAUCCUGAAUCAUAUUCAGCGUCUGAAGGUGUUGGAAAACGAGUUUAAACUCGAAUUUAUAAAUGAAGAUACAAAGGAAGAGUAUUCCACUGUGGUAAACUAUGCUUUAUGACGGUAUGGGAAACAGUGAAUAUAAGGUUAGUGGUGAAUAAAGCUUAUCAUGCGUGGCUUGGAACAUGAAAAGCAAGAUCAUUGACGCAUUGUUUAGUGAUUUAAACAAUUGUAAUAUAAAUAAUUAGCGUUUCAAAACUACUUGAUAAUUACAAACCGAUUACUGCCUAAAUAUAAUGUCUUUAUCAAAAAGCAUCCGUGUUCCAGUAUAUUUCUUUGUUAUUUGCUAUCAUGUUUAUAUGUUUAUGUUAGUGUUUAUUCCUUGACUCAUCUUUGUUUUGCUUUAUGCAAUGUAAUCGGUAAUUUCUAACAAUGUAAUCGUUUAUUUAAAAUGCCCCGAAGUAGGGCAUUUUGUAGUCAAAUUGUCAGUCUGUGGAUGGGUGUUGAGCAUGGUUCUUGAUUUUUCGUCCGGAUUGUGUUUCCGUUUUGUAACAUUUAGAAUGUCUGGAGAGCAUUUAACACUGAAGUAGAACUCACCAUAAUCAGAAGAUGUCCCACGUGCAAUUGACAUGCUCCUCAACGAAAGGUCAAUCUACUGUCUCAAGUUCAAUGGUAAUUAAUUUUCGUUUCUGCUCUUUCAUUUCUGUAACUUUGACAUGUUUGGGCGGAUUUUAAUAUUGGACUGUAGAUUAUUAUUCCUUACUAUCAGGCGGACAAUACCCACGUUAUUCAGUGAAAGGUCAAGGCCCGACUCGGAAAAAGGCCAUUAUCAUUAUUAAAUUUCAAACGUCACAAAUACCAUUUCCGCAAUAUGACUAUGUAACCUGCAGGGACUUUUAAUAUAACUUGGAUUUUUUAACGAUGACCACAAACUUUUCCUUAAAGCUCCUUUGCUCUUUUGUAAAAGGUAAAGAUAUUUUAACUUUUCAAUAUAUGUAUGGAUUUUAAUAUCAUUAGCAGUGCUAUUUCAUAUUACCAGACGAUAUGUCGCAUACAUCUCGCAUGAUCCUUAGUUAAAUAUCAAGACCAAAUUAAAGGUAAAAUGAAUUAUUUUCCUGUUUUGUUACUUUGUAAUUCACAUGAGGAUAUUAAAAUCACUCGGUUUAUUAAUGCUCAUUGGGUCAUUGUCGACCUGAAAUGGCCCAAAAGUCGACCGGGGGUGACUAGAAGCCGAUUCAUGUCACCCUGGGGUGACUUCAAGCCGACGCUAGUCAGUCCCGGGUGGCUAAAAUCGGCUUCAUGUUACCCCAGGGUGACAUGAAUCAGCUUGAAGUCACCCCAGGGUGACAAGAGUCGGCUUCUAGUCACACACGGUUGACUUUUGGGCCAUUUCAGGUCGACAAUAACCCAAUGAGCUUUAUUAUGCCUUAUUUCAGGUCGACAAUGACCCAAUGAGCUUUAUUAUUCCUUAUUUCAGGUCAACAAUGACCCAAUGAUCUUUAUUAUACCUUAUUUCCAAAUGAUGGGUAGCUCCUUAGUAACAGGUACAGGUAACAAUUCAAGGUUAACCGUAAUUAAUUUCCGCUCUGACACGUCUUAUCCCUUACGGGAUGUGUUCCAUACAAUUCUUAUGCUCCCAGGUGAAAGAUUUAAGCACUUUUUUUAGCUCAUAGGUUAUUACUUUUCUUUUCUGAUCGUUUACUUUUAAAUAUUAACUUGUGGAUUGUUCAUUGUUUAUAUAUAUAUGUUCU